AUGUUGCGUGACGUGAGGUUGAGGCUCCUACCGAACGUUCUCGACUGUCUACGCUGGUCUCCGGAUGGGCAGCUGGCCGUGUCAGCCAGUGAGGAUGUAAUUAUCUUGGUCCCGAAAAAUGGAAACACUAGCGGAAAACGCUCGCACCAGUUUCACCAUGCUCGGGCGAAUCUGAGGGAGUUAAUGGUGAAUUCCAUGAACGAUGAGAUCCCCCCUGCAGAUGACGCAGCGGAGAUUUACAGUAUCGGCGACGAGCAGGGGCCCGGCUAUGCGAAGCAAUUGGCAUGGUCGCCUUUGGGAACUUCCAAGUAUCGCAGAUGUAUUUUGGCAGUCCUCGCAACGAACCACCAAAUAAGAAUUUUUGAGCCCAAAGACCAUCCUUGGAGCGAUUGGCACCUGAAACACGAUCUCACACUUGACAUAUUCGACUAUGAAGGAUGGACGUCCGAAAGCUCCGAUGAAACUACGUCCAGACUACGCUCAAGAACACGAGCCAUAUCGUGGUCCCCCGCAUGUCACUUAUUCGCAGCACGCCGUUGUGGCGAGUCACUGAUAGCAGCAGCCAAUGAGAACUUUGAGAUUAUAUUUUUUAGGGUCACGCAUGACUACCACUCAAUCGUGGGGUAUUUCACUGCUGCUGAAAGUGCAGGAUUGCAAGUGGGAACUGGAAUACAGGCAACAUGGGUGAACAAUCUCACAUGGGGCCCGUGGAAACGUGCGCAGGGGGAGGGGAAGAAUGAGGCCUUUUUGGCCUAUUCAUUUCAUGGAAGGGUCUACAUGUCCAGAGUUACCACAGGCCUAGACGUGGAUAAAGAAGGCAAUCCCUCUGUCAAUGUUUCGGUUGGAGAAGAGACUUUGGUGGGCAAGUCUAUGUCGGAUGUUCAUCCGGUUUUCGCAAUCGCGUGGGCUGACGAGGAAUUCAAUGGAUUGUCGAUCCUGGCGUAUGCAGUAUCUAAAUACAUUAUGAUCGCUGCGAUAAACACCGAUGGAGAAAUUGUGUCCACGAGGGAGUUCGUGAAUGGGUUUGUAGAGCCUAUUACUGGCUUAUGUUUCACACCCUCAACCAAUUCAUCCGGAGUAGUCCUACAUGCUAUUACUGUCAAUGGUCAAAGCCAAACGGUAGUUUAUUCUCCGCUCUCCGCGGCUCUUUAUGACCACAAUAGUAUCUCCACCUGUCACACAUCUGGAGAUAUCGACCAAACAGAUACCCAUAUGCCCGAUUCCUACCCAGAAGACAAAGAGGAGGAAGAGGCACUUCGAGCAAUGGCCACCCGCUGGACCAACGCCAUCUCACUAAGAAAGCAGGAUUUCGUGAACGAGUACGAGCUUUCUGCCGCCAAUUGCAGGGUGUAUGGUAUUGCACCGAGCCCUCUAGGUGGUGUGAUAGCGGCAGCGUGCAGUUUCCACCCAAAUGAUAGCUUGGAGUAUAUUACUGCAUCAAAAGAGAACACUAGGAUUGUAUUUGGUACACAUGAAGGUAGUGAAGGGGUAUGGAAAGCAAGGGGCUUCUUAGCUGGAGAAGAAAUAGACCUAAGUAAAGUGCCGAAUCCUAUAGCCCGGGCAAGUGAAGCUCUCCUCUUGGAGGCAGAGACUCUUGGUGACAACCGGGAGGGUAUCUUGAGGAAUAUCCGGAAGUCUUUAGAUCGUUUUAAGGGAACAGUCCCACGGGAGAACACGGAAAUAGUAGCACAUCACAUCAACAGUAUCCUCCGAGCACCUCGGAAUGAGACUACCGCUAGAUCGACGCUGAGCAAACGCAUUCUAUAUUCAGUUGCAUGUAUCGGCAUUCUUGGGUUGUACAACCGCCGACCUGUACUUGAAGCCGCCCGGGAUGCUCUUAGCUGGCUUUCUGGUGUCGAUGAAACGUCUACCGAUAACGCAGGGGAUGCCGAAAGAACCAUCAUAGAUGUCAUUUCUGAGCUUCAGAUUGUUGAAAGACGCAUUGCCGACUUGGACGUCAUAGAACGCGGAGACGAUGACGGUUCGGGUCUGGCAACGAUUCGGGAAAAAGACAAGGUGUUCACCAGCAAGUUCGAGAAAUGCACGCUCUGCAAGAAAGGAAUGGUCUGGGAGGAUCUGCGAGUCGCGGAGUGCGAGGGGAAUCACCGCUUUUCGCGUUGCGCGUUGACUUUCCUCCCAAUCAAGGAACCAAAACUCACCAAAGAAUGCACAAUAUGCUCGAGGACCGUGCUCGGGGAUGCGGUGCUUGAAGGUGAUAAAAUGGAAAUGAGGGCUAGAGGACAUGAGGGUGAGAAAACUUUGGCUGAGGCGGUUUUGACCGGAUUGGACAUCUGCCGCAUGCGUACCCUAUUCGUCUCCCGAGACCCGAGCGAGACUUCGUGUCUCAUCCUAUCGCUUUGUGCAGUUCUGAAAAUUAACAAGGGUGAGAAAGCAGCUUCUCUGCCAUUUUAUCAAAUUGAUUGUGUCGUUGCCCGUUGA